AUGUGGAAGAAAGCAGAGCUGGCAUGGAGGCCGAGCCACUGUUGUUUUUUCCCUCCACCGUGUACGCUGGAUUUGUCGAUCAGGUAUGUGACUUAAUUAAGUUUUUUUGAUUAAUAACUGUCUAAUACCUUUCCUUGAGAAUUAACAUUACAUGGUUUUCAAUUUGAAAAAGGCACAAAGAAUAAAAAGAGUGACUUGUUAAACAAGUAUUUGGUGAUACAUUGUGAUGCUGAUUGCUCUCUGGGCCUCCUAAACACCUGUAUCAAUAAAAAUAGCUAUUUAUCAUCUAAAAAAGCCAAUUUUGAGCUCUCUGGACCUCCUAUUAAAACACCUGAUUUAAUAACACACCCACUCAGUCAGUUCUCAUACUGACUGUUCCUCUUCACUAACUUGUGAUCAUGGAUCCACAACUACAUCCCUGAUGCCUGCCCCAUACAUUCCAGAUAUCUGACUGGAAACUUGUGGAAGAUACUACUUGUAUGAAAUUGGAUUCCUUAUGGUGGCUGGAUGCUUGUGUAUGACCGGAUUCCAAUGAAAGCUGAACUUGUGGAAGGUGUAGUGGUGUUAUGUGGCCGAUGAACUGUUUCGGCAGAAGCCGGUGUCACUUAAUCUACAUAACACAAGAGAUCAGAGAUCAUAGAACCGGUCAACCAAUAAACCAGUAAGUAUGGAAACCAGAAAUGCAUACUAACUGUUCUUCCCUAUUUAUCAUCUGUUUAUCAUCUAAAAAAGCCAAUUUUGAGCUCUCUGGACCUACUAAACACCUGAUUUAAUAACAUAUCCACUCGGUCAGUUCUCAUACUGACUGUUCCUCUUCACUUGUUGUGAUCAUGGAUCCACAACUGCAUCCCUGAUGCCUGCCCCAUACAUUCCAGAUAUCUGACUGGAAACUUGUGGAAGAUACUACUUGUAUGAAAUUGGAUUCCUUAUGGUGGCUGGAUGCUUGUGUAUGACCGGAUUCCAAUGAAAGCUGAACUUGUGGAAGGUGUAGUGGUGUUAUGUGGCCGAUGAACUGUUUCGGCAGAAGCCGGUGUCACUUAAUCUACAUAACACAAGAGAUCAGAGAUCAUAGAACCGGUCAACCAAUAAACCAGUAAGUAUGGUAACCAGAAACUCAUACUAACUGUUCUUCCCUAUUUAUCAUCUGUUUAUCAUCUAAGAAAGCCAAUUUUGAGCUCUCUGGACCUACUUAACACCUGAUUUAAUAACACACCCACUCAGUCAGUUCUCAUACUGACUGUUCCUCUUCACUUGUUAUGAUCAUGGAUCCACAACUGCAUCCCUGAUGCCUGCCCCAUACAUUCCAGAUAUCUGACUGGAAACUUGUGGAAGAUACUACUUGUAUGAAAUUGGAUUCCUUAUGGUGGCUGGAUGCUUGUGUAUGACCGAAUUCCAAUGAAAGCUGAACUUGUGGAAGGUGUAGUGGUGUUAUGUGGCCGAUGAACUGUUUCGGCAGAAGCCGGUGUCACUUAAUCUACGUAACACAAGAGAUCAGAGAUCAUAGAACCGGCCUACCAAUAAACCAGUAAGUAUGGAAACCAGCAACUCAUACAAACUGUCCUUCCCUGUUUGUGGUGCUUAACUACAAAAGCAUCCCUGAUGUCUGCCUUUUUGCUGCAGUGUCAACAUGCUUUUUGAAGGAACCUACCAUCCAAAACAAGGAAAUCUAGCUUACUCAACACACCCACUCAGUCAGUACUUAUACUGACUGUUCCUACGAAAAUUAUUGUUGUGAUCAUGGAUCCACAACUGCAUCCAUGAUGCUUGCCCCAUACAUUCCAGAUAACUGACUGGAAACUUGUGGAAGAUACUACUUGUAUGAAACUGGAUUCCUUAUGGUGGCUGGAUGCUUGAGUAUGGCCGGAUUCCAAUGAAAGCUGAACUUGUGGAAGGUGUAGUGGUGUUAUGUGGCCGAUGAACUGUUUCGGCAGAAGCCGGUGUCACUUAAUCUACAUAACACAAGAGAUCAGAAAUCAUAGAAACGGCCUACCAAUAAACCAGUAAGUAUGGAAACCAGCAACUCAUACCAACUGUCCUUCCCUGUCUGUAGUGCUUAACUACAAAAGUAUCCCUGAUGCCUGCCCUUUUGCUGUGGUGUCAACCUGGCUAUUAGAGGAACCUCCCACCCAACUCCAGGAAAUCCAGGAUAGCUAACAUGCGUCCUCAGUCAGUCUGUACUUAUGCUGACUUUUCCUCUGCUCUUGUUGUGAUUGUCGUCAGUGCAAGUACCUUGAGCUAUCUGCAUUGAUUAUGGCUAUUUUUAUUGCUCUUGCAGAAGCUUUUGGAAGACUAUACUUUAUAGAGCAGUGAACAAACAGCAGACUUCUAAUCAACUGCAAUUUGGUGGAGGCACACUUCGAUUUGACUAUGGAGAUAAUUAACACUUACAUAGUAAUGCCAUAAAUCAUUGACAUUGAAUCUUUGUAGUCGUUAUCAUCUUUUAUUUUACAUUUUCGAAUUUGAAGGAAUGUGGGGACAAGAUUGCUUGUCUGCUGUGGCGAAAAAAGCAGAGAUGACAAAGAGAAGCCAUUGCCAUUGUUUUCCUGAUUUUGAAGACACUUUGGAUUGAUGGUAAGUGACUUGGCUCCUAUUAAGCAGACACUUAACAUGUAGUGGACAAAUAGCACUGUAUAAUUCAGAUGUCCCUUGUCUUAUUCUAAGUAAAUAAACAUUUACUAGGUGGACACCUCUAUUAAGAGGACACCAGACAAGGUCAUGUAGGUGUGUAUAACUUAACAUCCAUUUCAUUGUUUUACUAGUUGAGAAGGGCAAAUCAUAACUGUCCGGUAACAUUUAUCUUCUGUAUCUUGUCUUGAAACUACUGACCUGCCUUGAGGGAGAAAGCAGAGCUAAAAAACAGAGAAGCCAUUGUUGUUAUGUCAUCAACCCUGUACAAAGCAUGGAUUAGUGGCAUGUGACUUAAGUUUAGUUUUUGACCUAAUUAUUCUCUCAUAUAGCUUUCUCUCUGUAGUUUUCACUCCAUGAUUUUCAUGGAAAAAAGGACAAAUCAUACCAAGGGUGACCAGAAGCACAACUCUUGUGAUACAUUGUUUCACUGUUUUUUAACUGAUAGUUGAUUUUUUUUCUCCUUUUUUUUAGUGCGGUCUUUGUCAAUGCAGAUCAUGAACUGCACAAUGUGUCUGGUCACCUUUCUGUGAAUUGGAUUUGCCUAAUAACUGAGAUGAAGAGAGAGAAUCCAGCCAAGUAUCUAUUUUACGGAAUUCUUUUGUGGAAGCUACCCUCUGUAGAGCAGCUGUCAGAAGAGGAGGUUUUCGUUGGUGUACAGAGUAUAUUUCCUGGUCAUAAAGGCUGA